GGCCAGUGAAGGUCCCUUUCAACUACAAUUAACCAUUUGCAAGGUUAUGUAACUCAAGCAGUAAAACAGCUUAUUAAAUGAUGGCUGCUGUGGCCUCUUCAGGGCUGUGGCUACUUGUCAUACUGAAUGCGGCAAUUAAUGGAUACCCCACAGAUAAAGCCUUGGACCCUCUUGGGACUUCCAGUACAAACCCUUCCUUUGGUUCCACCGGGGAGGAACCUACCCCUGGAUUUCUCCAUGCAGAGUCUGCUUUCCCAACUACAUCAAACCCAGUUGUACAAUUUCAUCCAGUUGAGCAACACAUUCAUCCCAGUGCUCCCAAAAGGCCAGUUCCUGCUCUUUAUGGUUCUGUGUAUCCUGCACCUGUAUAUCACGGCUCAAAACAGCCUAGAUUUCAAUCCCCACCACACCAAGUGCAGUGGGCAGUUGCUCCUCCCACUCCUUUCUCUGGUAGAGGUUCCUCUCCUGGUGAGUCAAGAUUUGUCUCUGAAAUUCCUGGCUAUGUGAGCCCUCCAGGCCCCUUUCAUCUAUUAUUCCAGCCAGGUGAAGCCGCCUUUGAGGAGAAAAUGUAUGAACAAGGAGAAUACAACUCUGAAUCUGAAGACAAACGCCCUCCUGCCCAGUACUUUCCAGUCCACACUCUAAAUGAACAUGCUAUUGGUAGCCCACUGGCACUGGGCAUACUUGUGGAUAGACUUCGGCUGGGCUAUCCUCUUAUGGAGUACAUGUUGCUGAAUAGGAGGUAUCCUCCAGGCACAUACACACUUUCUACUAAUCAACUUGAGCACCGGAAGAACCAGUGGCAGGACAGUCAUCAUAUUGGUCAUCCUUACAGGUCUGGUCACAAGCAACUAGAAAUGUUUUUCCCCUAAUGGUAAAAAGCAUCCUAUUCAACCUGUGCCACAGCUUUUUGGAAAUGCUGGCUGUGGUAUUACACUUUUUUUGAGUCUAUAAUGGUGCUAACCUGCAAGAUUUGCUUAAUGUCAGGUUGUUUGUGGAUGUUGUACCCUCAUUGCUCUGCUGAAAGAUUGUAGAGUAGCUUUUUUGAUUGACAACCAGGAUUUUAAUUUUGGUUUUUCCUCAACUAGUGCUUUGCUGUUUCUGUUCAGACCAGUUGACUGCUUCAGGCUUUGUCAUUGCUUCAAUAAAAAAAAUCUGAUGCCUUUCAUGUUUCCAUUAUGUAAUGUUAAGUCCAAAAACUGGCAUACCUUUGAGAACCUAUGGGUUUUUUUAUUUUAUUUUUUUUUGUCUUGCAUAAAUUUGGUGUUUGGCCUUCCAGAUUCAUUGGCCAAUAAAAUGUGAUUAAUAAAUACUGAAUGUAU